AUGGCUUCUCUGGCAAAGACUGUCGUUGCCACAGGCAUCACUUCCGGACUUGGCUUCGAAGCCGCUCAGCAGCUGCUCACGCAGGAGUCGCCGUACAGGAUCAUCCUUGGCGCCCGAGACGUUGCGGAGACGGAGGCGGCUUUUGACAAGAUCCCCUAUGAUCGGUCUGCCAAUUCCGUCACCGUGCUGCCGCUCGAGCUCUUGGAUCUCAAGAACGUGGAGAAAUUCUCGCGUCUUGUCAUCGACAAGGUUGGCGUCAGCAAGAUUGACUACCUCAUGAUCAAUGCCGCCAUGAUAACGGCUGCCGACGGCCCCGGGCCUCACGGGUCAUCCUGGUGCCACGCCGCGGUGGUGAACCAUUUUGCGCAGCAUUACUUGGUGCAUCUGCUCCGGGAGAAGCUCGUAUCGUCGCAGACGCGCAUCGUAUUCGUCUCCUCCGGUGCCAUCCGAAACGUGCCGGACCCUCGCACGCUGACGAAGGAUCUCGCCGCCAACUCGGGUGCCGAAACGUGGCACAUCUACUCCGGCAGCAAAUUUGUCCAGCUCCUCGGUGCGCAUUGGUGGCGCCGUCAACUCGCCGGCCAGUGCCGCGUCGUCGCCGUCUCACCCGGCCUCAUCCCCAACACGGGCCUCGGCCGCUCGACCGGCAUGAAUCUGACCAUGGACAUGCCCGAUGCCAAGACAGUACCCGAAGGGGCACGGAGCAUCCUUGCGGCCUUCUUUCGCGAUGACUUCCCAUCGGACCCGGAGCGCAUCUUCCUCACCAGCUGGGGUGAGUGGUGGGAAAAGAGCGUGUACGAGAAGACGCUGGACAAGGACCUGCAGGACCAAUGGUGCCCGAGCAAGGACGCCAUGGAGAAGGAGGCACGAAGUUUGACUUGA